UAUUUUUCAAUUUCAUAUUCCGCCCGCGUUUCGUGUUUUAUUAUCUGCGUAUUCGUGCCGCGUAGGAGCUAAAAUUAAAUGAAUGGUAAUUUGGGGCUUGAAGCAGCACAUAAAAACAACCUUGUUUCCGUUUAUUGUACUCAAUUUGGGUGUUUUUCUAUUUAGUAGUAAGCCUUCAUAUUGCUCCUAGCAACUGUAAAAUGAAUCUAGAAUUUUAAACGAAAAAGUAAUGACGCGUUCAAGAAUAUUGUGUAUAUAUAUUAUGAGGUUAUAAACCCAAAGGUGUAUUGCUCUUUAUCAAUGUAAAGUGUUUUAUUUAUUCAUUUUAGAUCAGAAGUGCAUAUGUCAUAAGAAAUUGUUGUAUUGCGGGGGGCGUAUGAUUUAUAAUACUGUUUUUAAAACAUGAUCAACAAAAGAUUAGUAUUUGAACACGAAGUCUUCAUUUACAAGAUGACAAGGUAAGACGAAAUGCCUAAAACGGACACCGAUUUGCCUGGAAAUACAGGGACUGUUUAACAGCCUGGGUUUCUCGGAAUUUCUGACUGGACCGUUUCUUUUUAUCACGUUUACCUGUUUUGGAUGAUGGAUGGCCGUGAUUUCGGACCCCCCAGAUCUGUCCACGUACCUCCUCCGUUGCUCCCGAGUUUGGCUAUGGAGUCUCACCGGCUCGGAGCGGCCACCGCUGCCGGGCGAAUUCCACCUUCCCCCGGUCACUUGGGCUCGGGGCACCCGGCGCCUCUCCAUACUGGAAAAUACAUGUCAUCGGCCAUGAAUCUUCAUUCUCAUCACGGUGAUGCCUUUCCGGGCAGUUCCAGCCCUUUCCUCAGCGGUUAUGUAGGUGGUGGGCUCGCUGGCUCCUCCACACCCCAUGGUGCCCCCGCCCCCAUGCCCCCAGACCCCUCCUUCAGGGCUCCUACCCCCUCCAACCUACAGAUGGCGCAGCUGUGGGCAUCCCAUCCUCACGAAGGGUUUUCCCACCUGCCCAGUGGCCUGUAUCCCAGCCACUACAUUCCCCUGGGACACAUGGAGCACCCCAGCAGUGGGAGCCCCCUGCUUGCCCAGCUCAGGGAGCACGCCCUCUUCGAAUCCCAGAAAGAAGGCUUUUACUUGCCCGGCACUGCGGGACAGUCAGCCCUGCAUCCUCAGCCUCCCAUCUCAAGGACAGCAGCCAGUCACAUCCCCAGCUCCCUGCCUCGGGAUGCCGUUUCUCAUCACAAGAGCGCGAAGGACUUGAGCAGAGAGUCGGGCAGGGAAAAGGCCAGCAAGGCUGAGCCCAGCCAGCCUCUUUUGAGGAAGGAGAGGGAGAGGCCUAAGGAGGAUCCAAGGCCGAGGAGCGUGGUGGACCUCACCCAAGACGCGAAAUUGGAGAGCGAGAGGAAGCUGAGCGGUUUGGACAGGACUUUCAAAAGCGGGGAGCACACGUCCCCUUUUUUUCAUGAGCACUCGCCGGGUCUGAGUGGUGGAGAGCCAAAGUCUAAGAACCCUUUGCAGACCUCCUCGCUGAGCAACUGCAACAAUGGCGGCAGCGGUACCUUGCUGAGGUAUUCAGGCACCGAGCAGGACAAGUGUGCCAAGGACCUAAGUCAGCACGAUGAAAACAUGCGGCCUGGGACGCAUGUCCACACGGACAAGCUGAAAAAGUGUGACACGGUUGUGACUUCUGUUGGUACUCUGCAUGUUUCUUGUAGCUGCCCUUCCCCCCAUAGUAACUCCUCCCAGAUCCCCCCUCGAAUGGUAUCUUCUAGCACAUUCCCCCCUUCUCAUCACACCUCCUCCAGCUUGUGCACCCUCUACCCAACAGCCAAGGAGUCCGGAAGGGAACACAGAGUGAUUGCACCCACCUUUGUGCCUUCUGUCGAGGUUUAUGAUGAGAGAAAUGGGCCAAUCCAAAUUGCUUCACAGGCUCGGGACAACAAAAAUGACAAAAACAGGGACAAAGACGGUAACAGAUUAGGGACACUACCGGUUAACAACGAAAGGGCUCUGACCGACCCACUACGGCCACCUCAUGCACAAGAGUCUCCAUUGCAUGGUGACUUCAAGAGGAUGGAAAUGUUAAGGGAGGAGGGCUCAGUUAUAAGGUCAAAUUCUAUGGCGAUGAAAAGGCCAGCAUCCUCAGAAAUCCUACUGAGCAAAUCGGGGCAUAGCCCAGAUGUGAGGGACUUAAACAGCGCCACAUCCAAAGAACUGGUAAAAAUGGGCCUGGAAGCCGAUUCUCGCAACCAAGAACGUGAGAGGAUUCAGCGGGCCUCCAUGAGAGACACUGGGAAAAUUUACAAUGGUUUAGAUCCUUCUAGGAUUCACAUGGAACAGCACCAGCUCAAGAGUUCGGUGCCCACAGAGCCUAAGUGGAAACCUUUUGAAAUGGGCAACUAUGCUACCAGCCAGAUGGCAGCACUUGUCGCCCAACAUGGGCAUGGGAACAGAGGGGAGGAGGACAGUAAGAAGAUCUACCUUGAUCCAUCAGGGCUUCAGAGACCUGCAGUGGGUGGAAGCUCCAGAGGCGGCUCUGAGGUCUUGCACUCGGGUUCACAUGGCGAAGUGUCCGCCAUGCAGAGCUUGAUUAAGUACAGCGGUAACUUUGCCAAGGAGUCUGGUGCCAGGCCCAGCAGUGGCAUGAAGAGUCCCUUCGGUGGCCUCGGGCACAUGAAGCUGGAAUCUAACCAACCUGGAGCAUCCAAAGUCCAGCAUCUCCCGCCACAGCAGCCUGGGAAGCAAUUGAAAAGGGACCCCGAAAGACCAGAGAGUGCCAAGUCUUUUGGCAGAGAGAGUAUUGGCUCUCAGGGGGAGGUGGAAGUCAGGCACCCGCCAGUUGGGAUUGCUGUGGCUGUAGCCCGUCAGAAGGACAGCACUAACAAGGCCAGCUCCAGCCUGGUGGACAGAGAUCGGCCUGUUCCUGUGGGCAGCGUUAAAGGGUCGGGACGCUCAGAGGAGGAUCGUGGAGAUGACCGGAGCCGUCACCGUGACGACCGUCUCCUGGCGGGCCGUUUGGAACGGGAACAAGAGAAGCUGCUCCGGGAGAGUAAAGAGCUGGCAGAGUUUACGCGGAUCCACCCUCCGGUGGUUUCUGCCAGUGGGUUAAAUCCUAAUCUGAUGGUGACGGGAGGCCCAGGCCUGGCUGGAGCUGGGCGAUGGCCUGCCGACCCGACCUCUCACCUACCAUCCCACCCCUGGAUUCCCCGCACUGGCAGCCCCUCCAUGUGGCUCCCCAGCUCCCCAUAUGGGCUGGGUCACCCGUCACUCCACCAAGGACUGCCCCCAGGGUUCCCACCCACCCUGCCUGGCUCCAUCCCCUCCACCUACCAGUUUGCACGGGACCCCCAGUCUGGCCAGCUUCUUGUUAUCCCAACUGAACAUCUGCCGCAUUUUGCUGAAUUAAUGGAGAGAGCACCCCCACUCUGGUCAGCAAUGUACCCUCCAACAGGCAGCUCCCUCCAGCAUGCCCACCAGCUGCAGCUACUGUCUCAGCAGCAGCUGCUGCGCCAACAGGAGCUCUACAUGAUACAGCAACAGGCCGCCCAGGUCAUGGAGCUUCAAAGAAGCGCUCAACUCGUGGAGAGGUUAAAGGCAAAUGAGCAUAGAGCGGAGCAGGAGGACAAGGCAGCAAAAAGAAGCAGUGAAGGUGCCAAGCAGGGUCUCUCGGCCACCUCGGCUAUAGCCCUGCAUACCAGAAAGCCACAUUCGCGCUCCCCCACACCCUCGACGUCCUAUGGCAAAGCCCUGACGCCGCUGCCCUCCCCCGUCGCCGCCCUCAAGUCGGAGGCCCGACAGAAAUCGGAGGAGGCCCUGCCCCAACAGUCCUAUUCCCACCCUUCCACCCCGACCCCUCACCCUCCCAGCCCUGCUCCUGCCUCGCCUCCGCCGCCGUCCCCCAGCCCACCGAAGGAGGAGACGAUGGAAGAGGCAGAAAAGAAGAAGCUGGACUUGCCGAAAGAGGCCUCCUCACCUUUCCAGGCCCUGUUUCCUGAAAUCCCUCCAGGCUAUCCGUACCAAUCAAUAACUGCCCCAUUUGGCAGCCACUACCCCUACCUCCUUCAGCCAGCUGCUGCUUCCGAGGCUGACAGGCUGGCCCCCGAUGUACCUCUGCCUGCAGAGACCUCGGAACACUUGGCUACCUCAGCCGAUGUCAAGCCCCUGCAUUUGCACUCCCCAACUGUGGUGGAGCCUCUGCAGGCCUCUUUGGAGGAAGAGCCAAUGGAGGACCGGACAGCACUCAGGGAAGAGCCAGGCCUGGAAGACUGCAAAGAGGGCCUGAGCCACCCAAGCCACGUCGAGCUCCACAGCAGUGUGGACCUGGCUGAAAACACCAGCCAAGACCUAGAUUUGUGUGCUGAGCAGGAGGGCCACUCCACUGGCAUGGCAGCGCAGGAGGGAGAGGAGGAGGCCGAGAAGAGCGCGGAGGUGGAACAAGAAGAAGAGUCCCUCCAAAGCCAGCAGCCUUCGUACCAGGUGCCAGAAUCCACAACUGAGCCUGGGCCCAAAGCAGAGCUGGAGGAGAAGCCAGCCUGCUCCUUGAACGCAGAUUUCAACAGCUCCACGUCGUACUACGAGACAAAAGAAGAGUUUGAACACCAAAGCCAGAGCUUUUUACAGCCUGACAACACGAAUCUUGAACCCGUUGCGAAGGAGAGCUUUUCCGAGCCUCCGGAUGCGAUGGAAGCUCCUUUCGAGGAUAUGCCGUUCAAGAAGGAUUCCUUACCUCCACACCUGACUCCAGAGGGUACUCUGGACAUCACGCCUGAAGAUCCAAUGGCAGGAAUGAUUGCCUUGGUGGCAGCAACCGAGCUGCCCCAGGCGAGUUCUCUCCCAGCCCUGAGCGACCCCCUGACCGCUGUGCUGGAGGGCACCUCGGGUUUCACCCGCCUGGAGUCCACUGCUCUCCAGGGGAUCGCCCUGUUGAGCGAGAUAGCCGAGCUGGAACUGGAGAGGCGCAAGACCGAGAUGCACUGUAUGAUGCAAGGUGGCUUGGAGAGCCUUCUGGUUGCUGGCAGGCAGGUGUUAAUGGAGGCAUUGGAGUGUAAGCCUGCAGUUACCAUUCGUCUCCCUAGAGAGCUCAACCCCAACAAGAAGUAUAGCUGGAUGCAGAAGAAGGAUGAGCCUCUCUUCUCCAUCAAAUCAGCAAUGGAAGGGAUGGAUGCCAUGGAGCUGGAUUACCGGAUGAGACUAGCAGAGCUGCAGAAGAGAUACAAGGACAAGCAGAGGGAGCUGGUCAAGCUGCAGAAACGCAGGGAUUCAGAGGAGAAGCAUGAUGAGAAGAACCGCAGUCUGGCCAAGAGAGGCCCGGGAAGGCCCAGGAAGAGGAAACACGGUCUCUGUGCUCUUUCCCCGCCCGCUGGAAGACUGGACACUAAGUGUGGAAAGCUUGGGAGGAGUCUUCUGUUGUCCGAAGACUCGGAGACGGGUGAAGGAGGGAGGAAACGAUUUCGUGGAACAAACGCUGAGGAUGACGAGGAUGUGGAUAGUAGAAUUGGGACAUUCAAAAGGAGAAGCAAGAGCUGGAAUGACCAGGAGGUGUCCUCGAGCUGCUCUCAAGAGGUGCAGUUAAAAAGUAAGAAAAAGAAGAGAGUGAGUGAACAGGAGCAGUUAGCAACCAAACUGGACAAAGCCUUGUCUCUGACCAAACUCAAUAAACUGAACAAGUCCCCUUUUAAGUUUGUAGAUGGCUCCUCAGGAAAAUUGAAAAGCAGCUCGGGAAGCUGCAACAAGCACAUGAUGUUCCACAAGAUGGAGAUGAAAGGCAAGGAAGGCAAGAAAAACCUCUCCAAAGGUCUUAGCCUCUUGCAGAAACCAUCCAGAGGUAAAAACAAAAUGGCCGCCAAAACAAAGAACAUGGACCCUGAGAUAAAGGUUAAAGGUCAGCUGAAAGCAUCGUAUUCUCCUGCUCGAUCCGAAGUCAGCAGUUACUCAUACAAUACUGACUCGGAAGAGGAGGAUGAAUCGAUGAAGGAGGGAUGGCCACUGCACUCCAUGCUGAGUAUCCCAGCAAGCAAGGCCCGAAGGCCUGGCUUGUACAGUUCUGUGUCCAAGAAGAGCCGACAAUCGUGCAAGAGAGGCUUGCCAUCAGGAACUCUCAAAUCAAAACAGGCGGUCAGCAAGAAAAAACACAAGCACUUUGCUUUGCUGCUUCAGGAGGCAGAGGCCCGGUCUUCCUUCAGUGACUCUUCGGAAGACUCGUUUGACCAAGAUUACACCUCUGAGAAAGAGGAGGAUGACGACGAAGAGUAUGACUACGAGAUAGAGAGAAGUGAUGGCCUCUGCUCUCCCUCUCUGGAUGAGAGUGGGUUAGGGCUGCUCGCUCGGUUUGCCGCCAGUGCCAUGCCCUCCCCAAUCAUCUCUACUCCUCUCUCCGUCGUUCAGUUAGAGGCCAAACAGAAAGCUAAGAAGAAGGAAGAGAGACAAAGCCUUCUGGGAACGGAGUUUGAAUACACGGACUCGGAGAGCGACAUCAAAAUCAAGUCCCCUUCUCUGCUGCAUGGCAAGAAGGCCGGGCCAGAGCCGUCACUGCCCUCGACGGGAGAUGUGCUAGAGGAGGCAGGCCCCAACAAGCUCAAGAUGGCCGAGAAGGGCAGGAAGCCAAAGAAGGUGAAGUCUCCCAGGGAGUUCAGCUUCGACUUCGGGGCUGAGGGCAGUGACGAGGACCGCUGGACACGCCGGAGGAGCGAGAGGAUCUUCCUCCAUGACGCUACUGUUGCCACCCCUGUCUCGCCAUCAGGCAGGAGCCCUACGGCCCCCCUGCCCCCCAAACCUUCUCGCUUCCCCAGGACUGUGCCGCACAGCCCCAAGAAAGAAGCCGGCAAAGUAAAGGAGGGAAAAGAUGCUCCUAAGAAGAAGAAAGGUAAAGAGAGUCCUCUGUGUUUGUCACCCCCCCAGCUCUCCAGCACCCCCUCAGAGGGGCGGGUGUGCUUGCCCUGCCCCCCUUCAAGCCCCGGGAGGAGGAGCAAGGGGAAGACCAAGGCCAGAGAGGUUAAAAAAGAGCAGGCCCGGGGGAAAGGAGGGGCAGUGAGCAAACUGAUGGAGAGCAUGGCAGCCGAUGAGGACUUUGAGCCCAGCCAGGACAGCAGCUUCUCCGAGGAUGAGAACGUCCCACCAAGUGCUCUCACAGACCGGCCCAGCACCCCUGCUCCUCGCAACUGUGUCAUCGACAAGGACGAGCUGAAGGAUGGCCUGAGGGUUCUCAUUCCCAUGGACGACAAGUUGCUCUACGCCGGCCACGUCAAGACCGUUCACUCGCCAGACAUUUACAGGGUCGUAGUAGAGGGGGAGCGAGGAAACAGGCCUCACAUCUACUGCCUGGAGCAACUGCUGCAAGAAGCAAUUAUUGAUGUGAAGCCUCCUUCUGUGAGAUACCUUCCUGAAGGGACCAGAAUUGCUGCUUACUGGAGCCAGCAGUACCGCUGCCUGUACCCAGGAACAGUCGUUAGAGGAAGCCCAGAUGUGGACGAGGACGAUGAUUUGAUAACGGUGGAGUUUGAUGAUGGAGACACUGGGAGGAUACCCCUCUCUCACAUCCGCCUGCUGCCUCCAGACUACAAGAUCCAGUGUGCAGAGCCCUCUCCUGCCCUCCUGUUACCCAGUACUAAAAGGCGCAACAGGAAGUCCAGCAAGGAUGUCGGGGAAAACAAAGAGCCCAACCCUCCACCGUCAGGGGAGGCUGCACCAAAGAGUCGAGGCCGCGGGAGGAGGCCCAAGCCCAAACCUGAGCCCGAGGCAGUUCCAAGUGAUCUUGAACAGGGAGAAGUGUCUGCUUCCAUAGGCACCCCAGAGAGGUCCUUCUCCUCCGGGAGACCCGGGCCCAGACCAGGGAGGAAAUGCCAGCAGAGCAACAGCGCCAGCCCCUCAGCUCCUCUCUUGAACGAGACCCAGAAGAAAACCGCAAAGGUGAAGGCUCCAUCCAAAGUCAACAGUCAGCUGCAGACAUCGUACACAUCCCCUGCCUAUGGAAAAGUCCUUUCGGUGGAUACCUACAGUGACCUGUCGGGUUCCUUGGGUUCGUUCAUAUCCAGCGAAAACAGCAGCUCAGGGAAAAUCAAGCCCAAGAAAGGUCGGAAAACUGAUGAGCAUCAGGACGUGGGGGUGGCCACCAAGGGCCAACGAAAGCAGCCCGAGUCGGAAAUUCUGAUCAAGCUUGAUCACGAGGGGGUGAUGUCCCCGAAAACCAAGAAGACAAAAGCCCUGAUGAUGAUGGAAGAUCAGGGCCUCAAGGGCAAGAAGGACAAUAAAACAGUGAUGGGCAUGGUCUACUCACCAGUCCUGCCAGCUGACACCAAACAGAAGUCUCCCAAGCCCAAGGCUGGGGAGAAGCAAAGUCCAAAGCCCAGCACAGUCUCCACCUACAGCAUUGGGAAGCUGGGGAGCAGCGGGGAUGGGCUGGUCAAAGUGAAAGAACCAGAAGUGAAUGAAGAAGAGGAAACGGACAGCAGCAGCAGUACCACCACCACCACCACCUCCACCAGCAGCAGCAGCAGCAGUAGCAGCAGCAGCAGCAGCAGCUCGGAGUCUGAAGGGGAGGAGGAUGAACAACGCCAGGAGGCGGGAGCACAAGAAGACACAAGCUCCUCCAGCUCCAGGGCAUCCAGUCCCGCAUCCUCCAACUCCUCCAGUUCCUCCACCAGCAGCUCGUCAUCUUCAUCCUCCUCUUCCAGCUCUAGCUCGUCCUCUUCCUCAUCCACCACGGAUGAAGACUCCUCUUGCAGCUCAGAUGAGGAGACUUCAGCCUCGCCCCAGUCGGUCUCUACCACCCAGCAGGCCCACCCUCAAGCGGAUGACAAACUCUCUGGCCAGAUCCCGGCUCCCUCCCAGUCCCGUGCCAGGAGCCAGAAGCAGCAGCAGCAGAAACAGCAGCAGGGCAAGAACCGCCCAAAGAAACGAGAGGGUAUCCACCUGCCCACCACCAAGGAACUGGCCAAGCGUCAGAGACUGCCUUCGGUGGAAAACAGGCCCAAAAUUGCUGCCUUCCUGCCUGCCCGACAGCUGUGGAAGUGGUUCGGCAAACCCACACAGAGACGAGGAAUGAAGGGGAAGGCUAAGAAAUUGUUCUACAAGGCGAUCAUGCGGGGCAAGGAGAUGAUCCGCAUCGGGGACUGCGCCGUGUUUCUGUCUGCGGGCCGACCCAAUCUGCCCUACAUCGGACGGAUCCAGAGCAUGUGGGAGUCCUGGGGGAACAACAUGGUGGUCCGAGUGAAGUGGUUUUACCACCCAGAGGAGACCAACCCAGGGAAGAAACUCCACGAUGGGAAGAACUGGGAUCAGAAAUCUGGUAGGGGUCUCCCAGCAGCCCUCCAGGCAUCAAAUCAGAGAAAGGACUUCAUGGAGCGUGCUCUGUACCAGUCCUCCCACAUUGAUGAGAACGAUGUGCAAACCGUCUCUCACAAGUGUCUGGUGGUCAGCCUAGAGCAAUACGAACAGAUGAUUAAAACCAAGAAGUACCAGGACAGUGAGGAUCUUUACUAUUUGGCAGGGACCUAUGAGCCCACAACUGGGAUGAUCUUCAACACCGAUGGCGUUCCGGUUAUAUGCUGAACUGUCUUCUGUCAGUCUUAGGGCCCCUUGGCCCCCAGCAUGUCCAACAUCUAAAAGAUGUAUGCAUGGUUUCAGGAGAGAAAAAUACAUUGGCAUCUCCUUUGGUGAGAAGAGCUUUGAAGACAAGCAGUGUUAACCUAUUUGAGAACUUCAGUGACCUUCAAGGCUUACCGUUUUAACGAGCUGAUUUGUCAAACACAACCGGCGGACAGCAUUGCAACCAUGAAUGCAUGCAUUCUUCAACAGGAAAGUGAGUCAUGGCCGUUGGCUCUGGUGGGAAUGAUCUGACGCCUCAAGAAGAGCUUGCCGUCAGUGCAAAAUAACACAAUCAACUCAAGAUGUAGAAUUGGUGUGACUCUGAAUAAAAAUCAAGCCUAUGGCAGCUCAAAGCAUAUCUAUUUUGAAGUAAGAGCCCACAGAGGCAUGAUGACAUUAAAAUAUGGAAGCUCUCCUUCUGAGAGGCCUGUUGCCUGACUUUUCAAAGAAUAAUGACAGAACACAAAAGAAAGUUUUUAACCAGAUCCCAGAGCUGCAAACCUGACCUUUGGGAAAAGAGAGUUUUGCGCUUACAUGACAUGUGCGUACAAAAGCUGGGAAGGCAGAACAGAAUCAAGGUCAUACAUUCGCUGUCUGCAGAGCUCUAACUGUGGCGUGAGGGCAAAAGGGAGGCAUCGCUGGAGAAAGUGUCGAAAACCGUCUGUGAGGCAAAGUGAUCUCUGUUCAGCCGACUGCUUGCUUUUAUUUCAUCGAAUAUGCCCACACCCGCUGCACACACCACUACCAGCAAAAGUUCAAUUAAAGAUGACACCGUUCAUAAGGGAAACGGUGCAACUCAGAGGCCAUAAGGUUUGCUUGUAAUAAUCCUCAGGCGUUCCUAGUACCAUGCUUCUAAAGCAACUAAUUAAGGAUGACAAUACACAUUAAGACAGAGAAAACAAGCCCACCAGGAAAGAUGACAUCAUCAUCCUGCAACCCUCUAAAAAAAAUCUAUCAUGGUGCUUUAAGUCAGAAUGGUUUCUGUAGAGUAGUGACAGAUUUGGCCUUGUCAUAUCUAGCACUUGUCUUUCUGCCACUGGAAUAUACCAUCACCAUUGCCUGUCAAAACACUAAUUUGAGAUUUUGGGGCAGCGGAGGAGAAGCUCUUCAAGCACUAUAAAAGGAGUGAAACCAGGACGUUUUCCACAAGCUCCAGUGCAGACAAUUGGUCGACAAGCUGGACUGUUCUUUAUUUUAUUUGGUUUGCUUCUUCCCAGCAAAGUAAGAGCUUUUCGAUAUUCACAUGGACAUGGCUGAAGGAACCACAUCUAAUGGCAAAAACAGUGGUAUUUCAUUUUUUUUUUAAAUGCUACAGAGAGCAAAAAAAAAAACACCCUUUGCAUGACUCAAGUUGAACUGGAGUUUUAAGGGAUCCCAAUAUUUUGUGUACAUUACAUAUACAUAUAAAUAUAUAUAUCUGAAAUGAUUCUUUUACGUUCAUGUACUAUAUCUUUAAGUAAAAUUCAUUUUUUUUUAAAAAAAAGAAAAAAGCUUUAUAAAACUGUGAAAUAAAAUGUUUAAAAAGUCAGGAAACUUAAGGUCAAGGUUCUAUUGUUUAUUCUUGUUGCCGGAUCUUACUUAAGCAGCAAGUCGAUGUGCAUGAUUCAUAGUUUUAAAGAUUUAGAAUACGGGGGGGCGGGUGUUAAAAUCCUAACAGCAUUUUAGUUGCUAUGGUGGAUGAUGAGGAAAUGCUGUUAACCGAGAGCACUUAUCCACUGCCCAUUGCCUUGUGUAGAAGAGAAUGAUUUAGACAAUCGAGCAGGAGAAAUGUUAUGCUGUUCCAUUACCUGUAUCCACGAGAUACGGGGCUCUGUGUGAUGGGAUUCAAUCUGUUUGUGCUUUUCUACCGGUCUUUCACCACUGUGCCAUGUAUGGUUCAUUCCACAGCAGUAUAGAAGUGACAAGAGGGUUUUGUAAACGCAACUUGUGUUUUUCCACUGAAAGGUUUCACAGUGGCACCCAGCCAUUUCUUUUUCUUUUUGUGUUAUUGCGGAAGCACUUUUCAUGAAUAACUUGAGAGUAAAAAGAGCCAAUGAGUGGUGGAAACACAAGUCAAUGGAAUGGAACAGUUAUAAAAUGGGGAUGAAUUCCCACUUAUUUGCUGAUUUUUUUUUGUUAAUUGCGCAUUAUAUAUAGCACUUAAAAAAGGUAUGUCUCAAAUUUACCACAGUAUUCCAAGCAAAGAUGACUGUAAGACCAGUUUCUUCAUUCACACCAGUUGAUCCUUGUUAACUGUAUUUUAAGCAAAGGCUUCGCUGUUGUUCUCUGAAAGUCUUGUCAUUUCGUAUUACUGUGGGAACCAGUUUCUGUAAUUGCUGCUCUACCCAGGACGAUCAAAUCUACUUGACUCUUAAGCCUAACCCACUACACAUUUGUCCUUAAGUGACUGAACAGUCUUCUUGGCUUUAUGUAUGUCCAACCUUCAAUCACCCAGCAAUGUGUUGAUUGUGACUUGUUGCAGUUGCUCUCAAAUACAGGUUUCUGUUCUUUUGGUUCUAAAGCAAUUUUAAUGUAUAGAAAGGCUGUAAAUACAAAAGGAGAUUUCAAAAGGUGAAGGACCGCCAUGCAGCGCAAUGGAGAAAUCAUUAUAACUGCAGUCGCACUAAUCAGGCAUUAAGGCCAGAAAGGCAGUUUUUAGCACUGGACGUUGUGAUUGAAAUGACAAGGCAAGUCAGGGCAUGCAUGUCCUUUAUCAGUUUCAGUAAAUGUCAUUUGCAUCAAGUUAAACAAUGUCACCACAUCAGAUUUUUAGAAGUGUUUUCUAAAAUGUGUGCUCAUCUGUCACGUUUGUUCUAAAAAUAUUUUCCAGCUCGCUUAAUACCGAAUUCAACUUUGCCUCGCUAUAUUAUUUGAACUCCAGCUUUCUGGUAAAGAGUCAUUAACGUACAUAGUGUUGAAUCUCAAGGUUGUUCACUGCUUCAAAUGUUUACCUCUGAAGACAAGCCUUUCCUUGCACUUGUUUGUGGUUAUCUUGUGAAGUUCAGAUUGCCAGUGUCCUUAAAUUUGAUGCCAUGUGUAUUCCCAGUAAAAUGCAUGUUAAUUGAAGCAAUUAAUCUUAAUUAAGGAAAUAGACAGUCCAGGAUUGUAAGACCCAGUUGUAUUUUCAGCUCCAUGAAAUUGUAGGGGUGCUCCCCAGUUUGGACAUUUAGUCAUCACUAACAUGUAUCCACAAGCUCAUUCCCCUAGGUCUUUGUCUUUUCUGGCUGGUAAUCAGAUGUAGAAACACUAAUGGAGACAUUCUCGCAUGUGAACAUUUCUUCUGUUUUACCAAGCCCUUGUCUUAGCAGCACGGACAGUGAACUGUACCUGAAAAACUUAAUUAGGGUUUGACCCUUAACUAGGGUUCUGCUUCACCUACAGAUCUUUCUUUUAAAAAAGAUCAUAAUCUCAGUGAGAAUUCCCUGGUUAAAUCAAGGUAAGAUAAUGGGGUUAAUAAUAAAAUGUCUUUAUUUACCCAUAUUCAGUUUAAAUCACAUUAUGUAUUCUGCUGUAAUGCGCCCUGAGUUAUUCUUCUUUGUGGCUAUGUAAAAGUAUUGUGCUUCCCAACUGUUUAUGCAGAAAUACCCCUUGAAACGUCCAGGAAAGGCAUGAGGGAAGCAGAUUAGUGUCGUACCAAACCCAACCAUGAAAACGGUGAAGUGUUGCACAACAAGGUGUGGAAUGCUGAUAUUUCCGGCCGUUUCUCACGACCAGGCUUUCCGGAAACACUUUUAUUGGACUGAAACCGUUAGUUACACUGGCAAAUGACAAUGCAGAAAUGAGGAGGACCAUUCGGAAAUCACAACGGUUAUUUAAUGAAAGCAAAAUAAAACGGCAUGCCAAAAUGGCCCCCAAAAAAUGACUGCUUCUCCUCUGGCAUCAUGCACAGAAGCUAACAGUUAUAGCCACUCUUUGUUGCUGACUCCCGAGUCUUUAAAAUGGACCCAAAGAAACUUGUAAAGGUGCCAAAUUGUCGAUUUAUGGUAUGAAAUAUGGAUUUGGAUUCUUGAUGUGACUAAAAGCCUUACAGGACCUAAACGGUAACUUUUCAUCUACCACUGAAAAGUUUUCAUGCUUGUAUCUGAUUCAUUCUUCACUUUUAUGGUUUGGGUUUUUAGCUGCAGAUCUGAAAAACAUAGUCUAAUGUUCACUACAAAAGCAUAGCUGCAGACUAUACAAGAAAAAUGCUUUGCUAAAACAGAACUACAGGUAGAUUGGAUGUGAAAUAGCCUUUGAUAGUUUUCACUGGAAAAGCUAAGAUGUCAAACAAGAACCUAAUGCAAUAGUUGCAAUAGGCUGAUAGUUCAUUACUUAAAAUUAUUUGAUCAUACAUUUGUGCAGCACAGCAAAGUGGGUUAUGAAUUGCUCACUAUUUUAUUUUAUUUACCCCACCCCCCAAGCUACAAAAGAGGUGGUCGUUGUCUAAACUGGUAAGCGUUGUUUGAAAACGUUGAGUUAAAAGUCGUCCACCAAGCACUUAGAUCAGUCCCAAAACCUUUCUUUCCUUUUUCCAGUAGGUCAUUUUCAGUUGUCUGGAAAUGCAGGCUACAGUUGCUCUGUGGUACGGCUUAUCGGUUUCCUGUUUUACGCUGUAAGUCACACUGUCACUUCCUCUGGCCUGGCAGGGCAACAGGUCAGACAGUGCAAAUACAUUUCAACUGUCACACUCGGUAUCACCCAAAUUAAACCUCUGGGCAGAACCGGAGAAUUUGAGGCCCCUUCAUGAGCUGCUGCCUGUAUUGGGUGGAUACACAGCAAGAGACAGCUGGAAAAAUGCUCUUGAUUUUCAAAGAACUGAAGGAAACGAAGACAAUCAUAUAGUGGAUUUGUCUGCCAGUAGCCUUGUUCUGCUGGUUACGCCAGUUUCGCUUGGCCAAAAUACAUUUUUGAAUGUGUUUUGUUGUUUUCCCCAAAUGGAAGGCUACACUAUCCUCCCGUACGUGGGGAAAGAGAGGGGUCCGCUAUAACCUAAGAUUAGAAACUUCACGUUGAAGAAUUUGAUGUCCCAUUACCAAACCCAGAGUGUGGGUACGGUCCCAUCCUGACACAGUGCUGAUUCAACACAUUUGGCCGUUGUGCUGCUUGCCAGUGUUGGGUGUGCGCAUGGAAACGCAUUGCUGAUAUGAAGCAAUGAACCAGGGAUGUGCUUGAUGGAUAUUUCCAGGGUUAGUGUGAACAGCUGGUGGGCCUCAGACUCUCCGCACGUAACUGCUCCCUUCACAAGGUGCGAGUGCAGUUACUGCCCUUGGGAGAGUCUGAACUGUGACGUAAUGUAAAGCACGGAAUCUGUGUUUAAUACAUAUGUAUGUCUGUGUGUAUGUUCAUUCUCAAGUCUAUUGUAUUAAGAUAUUGGAUUUUUGUUCUUUUUGUACGCUGUUUCCUCUUUAUGUUUGUACCGAUCCCCUCCCCCCACCCAAACAGAACAAUCUUUCUCCAUUUUUGAUGUGCAAUACUGCUGAUUGGGUCCUCAGAGGUAGCUGCUAGUGGGCAGACAACUGCUUGUAAGAUGAAAAGAGUUAAAAAAAAAAGGAAGAAUUUUCUAAAGGGUUCAGACGGGAGGCUGGUCCUCCUUAGUCUUUGCUCUGUUGUUCCUUCAGCAUCCGAAAGGUCCUGUAUGAAAAAGUGUUACAAAAUACUAAACAAUUAAAAAAAAGAGCUUAUUUUGGAAAUUUAAAAGUCGAGAUUUUGUAAAUGAUUCUAUUUGAGGGGAAUAUCUGCUAUGAAUAUCUUACUUUGUAUAAACAUUUAAUCAUGUAAAAAUAAUGAACACAAAAAAGACCAGGAGAAAAAGCCCACAACAAGAAACAUUAAAGUGGGGUUAUGUGGCUCAUGUAUAAAACUCACAUGUGGAACUUUUUUAUUGAUACUACAGAGUUUUACAAAGUGUUCCUUUUAAAGCAUUUUAGUAACUCGAGAUUUUAUAGUUUAUUCAUCAAUAAACUGAGAUAAAAUGAA